AUGAUGCAGGAUGAAGACUUGGGUAGCUCAGUGAGAAAAAAUAUUUUCAGUCAAGGGAUAAUAAGAAUAUCACAGAUAUAUCAAAGAUACCUAGAUCUAUGGACUCCUCAUGUAAUAUCGCGUUGGACAUUUGCUUUAUUCUUAUUAGUACUUUUUAUUCUACGUAUAUUUAUCUCUCAAGGGUGGUAUAUUGUCACAUAUGCACUAGGAAUUUAUCACCUCAAUUUAUUCAUAGCAUUUCUUACUCCAAAAAUUGAUCCUGCCAUGGAUUUUUUUGAUGAUGGAGAAGGUCCUGAGUUACCUACAAGAUCAAAUGAGGAAUUCAGGCCGUUCAUUAGAAGAUUACCUGAAUUUAAAUUCUGGUAUUCAGUAACAAAAUCUACAGUUGUUGCCAUGAUAUGCACUCUAUUUGAUUGCUUUAACAUACCAGUAUUCUGGCCGAUACUUGUUAUGUAUUUCAUAACAUUAUUCUGUAUCACAAUGAAGCGGCAAAUAAAGCAUAUGAUCAAGUACAGAUACCUGCCUUUCACUCAUGGCAAACCAAAAUAUCAGAACCAUGAAGACACCUCACGGUUGAUAUCAUCAAAGUGAAUAAAAGUAAAGAUAAUAUUGUGCCUGUACAGGGGGGGGAAGGGGCAUAAGCGAAUUACGUAGAUUUUAAUUUUCCCAGUACAGGGCGAGGGAUACUAGCAAGAAAACAAAGAGAAAUCGAAAAAACAUUUUUUUUAAUGCCAUUAGAAGGAACAGAUAUUGCCUUGUA